UGUAAACGGAAGUGAACAUUGACCAAGAACCACUUUAGCGUUUUUAAUUGUUGUUAUUUAGACGUUUAUUGACAUACUUAACCAAAACAAUUACUCAUAACAGCAUCACAUACUUACCCCAGGUAGCGUUUAAUUUGCGUUGGAGACUGGACUUUGUUAAUCAAUGUUAUCUAGGUAAAGCUAACUAACAAUGGCUAACUGUAUGGUUUUUCACACUCAAAUAGCCUCCAUCAUGGAGGUACUAGCGAAUGCAGCCGUGGCAGAGAUCUGUAAACUCGUAGACGACGACUAUGCAGUGUUUCGUUUGGAAAUGUCUCAAAGCCAGAAAGAAAACAGGGGAUUGCGGAGGAAGCUACAGCUAUUCGAACUGAAGGUGGCACGGGAGCGCGCAGAGCGCGUCCUUGCUAGUCGUCCCAGUAGUGUGAAGAUCCUCGACCGAUACAAAGGAAUCGCAAGAGGUGAAGGACAUCUCACUGGAGGCCACAGGAGCUUCGUGAAACCAGUGGGACACAAUACAUGGAGAGAUGACCAACCAAUAACUAUUGAUGAGGGAAGUGGAACCUCAACCCAGCGCGUUAUCGUGAUAGAGUCUGCAGAAGCUGCAGGUCCAGGAGGAUUGUCUCUGGUGAAACAAGAGAGGACUGAAGAAGAGGACCCACGACACAGCAGAAGCACCCCUACUGGUGUAACGUCUGGAGUGGCGUCCCCUGUAGCCACGGAAGACCUAUCCACCGCUGCUGCAACCCAGCCCAGGAAACGAUGCAGCAUCACGGAGGUCAGUGGAACGCUGAACGCCGUACUCAAGUCAGACACAGAUACUUCAACUGUAACACAAAGGCUUUUACAAGACGGAUCAUCUGACCACAGGUCAGACGCAGAGGGACUGGGGCCGGGGAGACUGGGCUGUACUGCUGCUACCGGCUCAGAGUAUUUACUUUACGGUAAUCGAAGCCCAAGGAUGGUUCAUCCCCAUCGGGACUCCGGUGACGCGUUAGAGACUGGCAAUGAUCCGUCUUGUUCUUACACUACAGAGAUGGACCCUGGCAACAUGCCCUUGGGUUUAGAGGCACAGACUACUCUGUCUAGAGAGGACUGGAACCGGUACAGUAGUAGUGUAUACUCUGAAGGGUGCCUAGAUAAGAAAGGGGAGGUUAAAGUGGUAGAUGAUGGGACUGUGAAAGUGGAGGCCGACGCUCCUCCCACAUGGAAGGCAGAUAGUCACCUAGGAGACAGACAAUCACAGGGCAGAGAUUUUUUAGAUUACAGCGAAAACUUAGAGACAAAUCCAAAUGUCACAACCAACUCCCCUUUACACACGCUCAGAGAUCGCGCCCCAGCGUCCAUGUCAUUGGGGCCUUCUGAUUCACAUGGCCAUGUCCUUUUCGAUCAGGUAUUGAACUCAAACGACAGGGCUAGAGGCCAGGUUCAGGAAGGGGGAGCCACAUCUGGCAGUAGUAAAGAGAAACGAUUCUUCUGCAUGUUCUGUAACAAAGGCUUCAGCUGCCCCCAGAAGGUGGAGAUCCACCAGAGAGUCCACACAGGGGUGAAACCCUUCAGCUGUACCCAGUGUCACAUGCGCUUCGCCCAGGCUGGUGACCUGAAGAGACACCAUAGGGUCCACACAGGGGUAAAACCUUUCAGCUGUACCCAGUGUCACAUGCGUUUUGCCCAGGCUGGUGACCUGAAGAGGCACCAGAGGGUCCACACAGGGGAGAAACCGUUCGGCUCAUACAGCUGUCCCCAGGUCGAGAAGAGGUUCUCCCACCAGCACCAGCUGAAGAUGCACCUGAAGGUCCACACGGGAGAGAGGCCAUUCGCCUGUACGCAAUGCAGGAAGAGGUUCUCAAAGAGCCCAUUCAAUGCGUGGGUGGUUUGAAUAAAAAAAUAUCUAACAUUUGGGGGGGCAUUUGAAAUCACUAAAACCAAAUGGGAACUGUGUAGGAAUGAUAAUGGAGCUAAAUUGAUGGUCUCCUCACUCAUGUCCAGCUUGCUAACAGGCAUCGAAAUGAAAUCUAGACAGUUUUUGAGCAUCAAUUUAUUUAUUUUUAAAAGGGGAAAAAUGGCACAUUUCAAAAAAGUCCUGACUCAUUGUUUGACUGUCUGUGAAAGGGAGAGAGAGCUAGAGCCAGAGCUACAUCACCAUAGCUACUGAUGCAUGCAUGUUAUUGAAAUGUGAUUAAUGCUCACUGUCCAAUUUUUCAUUGGGGUAGAUCAAAUGUGUUAUUAUUUCAUGUAUUAUAAGCCUACAUUUACAAAAUCGGUAGACUAAUGACAAUCAUUUACAAAAUGAUGCAGGGGAUUUUGUUUGUAAGCCAGGGCCAAAUUGCCUUCCUCAAGCGAGAAAGAUAAUGUGGUAAUGCAGGCUAAUUUUAUGCAAUGGAAAAGCAUUCUAAUAGCCGUGCAUCAAAUAACCUACUCCUUGAAAGUCAUGUAUUGAUUAUACACUGAGUUUACAAAACAUUGGAGACACCUGCUCUUUCCAUGACAUAGACUGACCAGAUGAAAGCUAUGAUCCCUUAUUGAUGUUACUUGGUAAAUACACUUCAAUCAAUGUCGAUGAAGGGGAGGAGAAGGAUAUUUAAGCCUUGAGACAAUUGAGACAUGGAUCGUGUGUGUGCCAUUCAGAGGGUGAAUGGGCAAUACAAACAAUGUAGAUGCCUUUGAAUGGGGUUUGGUAGUAGGUGCCAUUAGCAGCAGUUUGGGUCAAGAACUGCAACACUGCUAGGAUCACACUCAACAGUUUCUCGUGCGCAUCAAGAAUGGUCCGCCACACAACUGUGGGAAGCAUUGGAGUCAACAUGGGCCAGCAUCCCUGUGGAACACUUUCGACACCUUGUAGAGUCCAUGCUCUGACGAAUUGAGGCUGUUCUGAGGGCAAAAGGUGGGGGUGCAACUCAAUGUUAGGAAGGUUUUCUUAAUGUGUUGUACACUCAGUGUACAGUAUAUAGCAUACUUGAUGAAUGAUGAUCACUGCAAUCAACAGCUGCAGUGUUGCUCAUUGGAUUACCCCAUAUCAUGAAAUAGGCUAUGUGAAAGUAUAUAAAGACAAAAGGCGAACACAUGGAAUUAUAUUUUAUUUGGAUGGAUGGUUGGCAUUACAAAGGUAAGCAGAUAUUUUCUUAUCUAAAAUGUGGGUGAAACUUUUCUUCUGUAUACAUUUGUCAAGCUCGUUAUGUGUUGUUUCACGCACAGGACCCUUGUCUGAAUGGGCUUGUGCUUGGUAAAAACCUUAGACUAUUUAUGCAAUAAGACCUGAGGUGUGGUAUAUGGCCAAUAUACCACGGCUAAGGGCUGUUCUCCGCACGACGCAACGCUGAGUGCCUGGACACAGCCCUUAGCCGUGGUAUAUUGGCCAUAUACCACAAAUCCCAGAGGUGCCUUAUUGCUAUUAUAAACUGGUUACCAACGUAAUUAGAGCAGUAAAAAUAAAUGUUUUGUCAUACCCAUGGUAUACGGUCUAAUAUACCACAGCUGUCAGCCAAAUCAGCAUUCAGGGCUCGAACCACCCAGUUUAUAAUGCAAAAUAUAUUCCAACAAAAUACACCAACGACAUCAGUUAGGAGAUAAAGGUUGUGAGCACAGUGUUUCUGAUUAGAUCAACAAUUAUAUUCUAAUGUACAGUGCCUUUGGAAAGUAUUCAGACCCCUUGACUUUUUCCACAUUUUGUUACUUCAGCCUUAUUCUAAAAUGGAUUAAGUAAAAAACACUCUUCUGCAAUAUACACACAAAACCCCAUAAUGACAAAGCAAACACAGCUAAUUAUAUUUUGAAAAUGUAUUAAAAAUAUAUAUAUACAUAAGUAUUCAGACCCUUUGAUAUGAGACUCAAAAUUGAGCUCAGGUGCAUCCUGUUUCCAUUGAUCAUCCUUGAGAUGUUUCUACAACAGGAUUGGAGUCCACCUGUGGUAAAUUCAAUUGAUUGGACAUGAUUAGGAUAGGCACACAACUGUCUAUAUCAGAUCCCACAGUUGACAGUGCAUGUCAGAGCAAAAACCAAGCCAUGAGGUCGAAGGAAUUGUCCGUAGAGCCCAGAGACAUUGUGUCGAGGCACAGAUCUGGGGAAGGGUACCAAAACAUUUCUGCAGCAUUGAAGGUCCCAAGAACACAGCUGCCUCCAUAAUUCUUAAAUGGAAGGAGAUUGGAACCACCAAGACCUUUCCUAGAGCUGGCCGCCCGGCCAAACUGAGCAAUCGAGGGAGAAGGGCCUUGGUCAGGAAGGUGACCAUAACCCGAUGGUCACUCUAACAGAGCUCUAGAGUUCCUCUGUGGAGAUGGGAGAACCUUCCAGAAGGAAAACCAUCUCCGCAGCACUCCACCAAUCAAGCCUUUAUGGUAGAGUGGCCAGACAGAAGCCACUCCUCAGUAAAAGCCUGCUUUGAGUUUGCCAAAAGACACCUAAAGACUCUCGGACCAUGAGAAAAAAGAUUCUCUGGUCUGAUGAAACCAAGAUUGAACUCUUUGGCCUGAAUGCCAAGCGUCACACCUGGAGGAAACUUGGCACCAUCCCUACGGUGAAGCAUGGUGGUGGCAGAAUCAUGCUGUGCGGAUGGUUUUUAGCAGUGGAGACUGGGAGACUAGUCAGUAUCGAGGCAAAGAUGAACGGAGCAAAGUACAGAGAGAUCCUUGAUGAAAACCUGCUCCAGAGUGCUCAGGACCUCAGACUGGGGCGAAGGUUCACCUCCCAACAGGACAACAACCCUAAGCACACAGCCAAGAAAACGCAUGAGUGGCUUCGGGUCAAGUCUCUGAAUGUCCUUGAGCAGCCCAGCCAGAGCCCGGACUUGAACCCAAUCGAACAUCUCUGGAGAGACCUGAAAAUAGCUGUGCAGCAAAGCUCCCCAUCCAACCUGACAGUGCUUGAGAGGAUCUGCAGAGAAGAAUGGGAGAAACUCCCCAAAUGGCUGCAAUCGCUGCCAAAGGUGCUUAAACAAUGUACUGAGUAAAGGGUCUGCAUAUUUAUGUAAAUGUGAUAAGUUUUACAUUUUUUAUAAAUGUUCAAAAAUAUUUCAUCCAUUUUAGAAUAAGGCUGUAACUUAACAAAAUGUGGAAAAAGUCAAGGGGUCUGAAUAAGUUCCGAAUGCACUGUAUUUGUGUGGCUACGAUGUAAUCUUUAGAGCACUGCAUUUUCUGCUUGGUUUCCCGAAAAAUGCAUUGAAAGAAAUUGAAUAGGCUACUACAGAGGUCUGAUGAUGCUUCUAACAAUAUAGUAAAAGGCGUGUUGUGUUGGGUGAUGUGCUAAAGUCUGAUGUAGGCUAUUUUGAAUACUACCGGUGUGUUUGAGUUGUCCCUUCUCAGAAAAGGUCAAAUUGCAACCCACAGCCCAAAUUUAUCACGUAAAAGUUAUGGCAUUUCUCAAUCGUUUGGGCUUCCUGAAUUUAGUAUGUUUGCUGAUAACGUUUAUUAUUAUCGUAGAUUUGCUUUUAUUCUACAAAGCUCUAUCUUAAGUUACCUUAACCUGGUAACGUAACUCUUGCUCUACCUCUGCCUCUCGCUCCCUGAAUGAGAAAGGUGUACACUUUGACAGUCCAACAAUGAGUCAGAAAGGUUUAAGGUUAAGACACAUUUUCUAAAUGUUAUUCCCUUUUAAGAGUAGCCCCCCGACCUCUGGGAAGACUGAAUGCGGCCUGUGGGGCAAAAUGAGUUUGACUGUAGGCUAUAUGAUGUUCACAAAAUGCCUAUUUCAUUAGUUAUUUUUUAUCCCAAUACACUUUUAAUGAGAAAAUGUAUGCAGUUUAUCAAGUUCAUGAUGAUUUUUUUGUUGAGGUAUGUGUGGUUUUCAUAUGGUGUAUUUAACAUUUGUUCAUGUUUAAUAAACACAAAAUGAGACUUUUCA